AUGGGCGUCUUUUCAGUCCUCACCACCGCGCUUCUGGCGACUUCAGCUCUUGCGAGAAGUCCACAGCAUGUCGGCAAGCAAAUGCCAGAAGAUGCGCUGCAGCGCCGAGGCGAGAACGCACCUGUCCUUCAACCUCGCGGAAAGCCCGCAUAUGGAGGUCCACCCACCAAGAAACCGAUCAUCCCACAGAACGCCAACACCACCAAAUACGCAGUCGACGGCAAAAACAUCCCAUUCGUUGAUUUUGAUGUCGGCGAGUCCUACGCUGGUCUGCUCCCCAUUUCUGACGAGGACGACGCCUCGGAGCUCUACUUCUGGUUCUACCCGUCCAACAACCCGGAUGCCGACGACGAGAUUUUGAUUUGGCUCAAUGGCGGUCCCGGCUGUUCGUCGCUCGAAGGGAUCCUGCAGGAAAACGGACCUUUCAUCUGGCAAUACGGCACCUACAGACCAGUGCAGAAUCCAUAUACCUGGGUCAACCUGACCAAUGUCGUAUGGGUCGAGCAACCUGCAGGUACCGGCUUCAGCAAGAAGAAGGGCACUCCUGCUGCCACGAACGAGCUAGAAGUGGCCGAGCAGUUCUUGGGCUUCUUCAAGAACUUUGUUGAUACCUUUGGUUUGCACAACCGCAAGGUCGUCCCGUACAUCGCCGAUGCCAUGCACAACGAAACCAACACCGAAUACUACGACAUCCAGUCCAUCCUCUUCUACGACCCUUCCACCAGCUACAACGUCGUGCAAGACCAGAUACCAACCGUGCCAUUUGUCGAAUACUGGGCUCCGCUUUUCAGCCUCAACGACACCUACAUGGACCACCUCCGCCACUUGCACCAGGAGUGCGGCUACGCUGACUUCAUGGAGACGGCUAUGCAGUUCCCGCCCAAGGGUCCUCUGCCUACGCCUCCUCAUCCGAACAUCAACGGCGGUAGCGGUGGGCGUUGUGACAUCUGGGGUGAUGUUGUUUACUACGCAGCGCCUGCUGUUAAUCCGUGUUGGGACGUAUACCAAGUCGCAACCACCUGCCCGAACCUCUGGGACGUCCUCGGCUUCCCAGGCUCCUUCUACUACGAGCCCGCGCCGUGGUACUACUUCAACCGCACGGACGUGAAGAAGGCCAUCAACGCGCCGGUAGAUACCAACUGGGCAGAGUGCUCGGGCGGUGUGCUGGAUAAGGAUACUUCUCCGCCCAGUGGGUUGAGCGUGCUGCCGAGGGUGAUUGAGAAGAAUAACAAGACGAUCAUUGCGCAUGGGAUGUUGGAUAUGAUUUUGAUCAUGAACGGAACCGUGAUGAUGAUCCAGAAUAUGAUGGCGGCUAAUAUCGAGCUUGAACAGACCUGGAACGGCGCCCAAGGUUUCCACACGCCCCCGAGCCAAUGGAACGACUUUUACGUCCCCUACCACAGCGAACUCAACCAGGGCUCGACGGCCGGAGCAGGUGUUUUCGGCCAGUGGUGGGAAGAGCGUGGAUUGACGUUCAGCACGGUCGACUUGACCGGCCAUAUGGUUCCACAGUAUGCACCUGCGGCUGCUUAUCGGCAGCUGGAGUAUUUGCUGGGGAGGGUUGAUAGCUUGGGCGAGGUGUCGGAUUUUACGACUCAGAAUGGUGACUUUGGCAACAACCCGUAG